AUGGAUGAUCACAUAAACAAAGAGCUUUCAAGAUCCGACUUUUCGUCACUGGAAGAUCUGAAAGAGCACAUCCGUUCUGUCCAGGUAAUGGUGAGUAAAUACGAGAAGCAAAUGUAUGAGUCAGACAGCUACAAUGACUCAUGUAGAAACAAGAUAAGAGAAUGGAGAAACAGGCUUUAUCAGAUUGCACAGGAAAAUAAAAAUGCACAUGAAAGCCUAGAUAAUGUAGAUGAGCUUGAAAAGACAGCAAGGCUAGUUCAUAGGCAAAUCAGUAAAGCCGAUACUAAUCAAAAUGUACUUGAUAAGAGCACAUUGAAGCUCAUGGGCCUGAAUUACACCAGUAAAGAUAUUGAAAAUGCACUUGCAGAAACAAAGAAAAAAAUGAAAAAGAACAAGCAGCAGGAAAGAGUAGAGGUGCUCCUACUAACGGGUGCAUUUGUUCUAUUUGUCUGUGUGUGCAUUCUAAUACUUUUUGACAAGCUUGUUUCGAAAACCUGA